GAAAUAGUCGGUUGGUUCAAGGGCAAUGGCGAUUUCGGGAAGCCAGCAAUGAAUGCCCUCGCCGAUAUCUCGAAGCUAAUCAAACCACUGCCCUAUGUGGUGCUCUCGAAAGUUCACGAUUGCUUGAAUAAAAUUGCCAAAUUUCUGAUAAAAAAUGAUCCGGAAUUUAAAUGUGGCCUAAUAUGGAAAGGCAAAAACCAUUUGGAAAUUUUUGCAAAAACAAGUAACAUUGGAGCGGUGUCACCGGGGGUCAAAGAAUUUCUGAAGACUCAGUGCAAGGAACCAGAGCAACCGGAAGAGUGA